AUGGAGGCUGCGAUGGCGGAGCUCCUUGUCUGCGAGCGGUUCCACCAGCGGCACGACCCCCGCUGGCUGCUGGAGCUGCCGCCUUCGCCGCUUUGCUUGGCGUGCGCCAUUGAGACGCUCCAGGAUGGCGAGGCCUCGGUGGGUGCGCCCGUCUCUGAGGCACCCAGCCAGCAGCACCCAUUCUCCCUUGCCCCUUGCCUCACCUUCCCGGUGGUUUGUGUGCCCUGUAUUUUGGGGCUCUGACCUAUCUGCAAUGCAAGGCCUCUUGUUUACUCUUGACAUUUGUUACAGUAAUGAUGAUGGUGCCAUGUACAUACAACAGGCUUUACAAAGAGGCUUACAAUUAAGUAAGAAAGCGGGGUGUAGCAGGUAGAGCUGGAUGAAUGGAUUGUGGAGGACCCAAGAAGGGAUCUAUUACUGGGUGAUGGGGGUAAAAGGCACAGGGAGUUUUAUAUCCUGUGUUCCAUUCUAGGAGGAAAUUAAGAGGGAAUUCGAAAACUUCCAGUACAGGUUGGCACAAGACUAUAAGCUUUGCUUAUUUUUCUCAAUAAAUAACUGAUACAGUUUUGCUUUUCUAAUAUUUAGCUAGUACGCAAGAAACAUGUGCUUUCCUGCCUUCGGGAUGUUCUGAUUCGGCAUGCAACCCUGGUCAUGCCAUUGCUUGCACAAGAUGAAAGAGUGUGUGCUCAUUUCAUAGCAACUUUGUUUGGUAAGAGAAAAGUAUACUAACUUGGUGAAUGUAACAGGUGUAGAAGUAUUACUCAUGGCUUUUCUGAGAUAGAAGAUUGGAAGCAAGUAUUUUAUUCCACUAUGGUGUACCAUAGAGGCUAAGAUUAUGAGCUGAUGGAAAGGCCAAACUAGAAUUUUAAAUGUGUGAUAGUGUUUAACAUGUUUAUUCUUUUCCUCUGCCCCUGGUAAGUAACAACUGUUGGUCUAACUUUUAAUCUCAAUGAAUUAUUUUCCAAGUGCAUUCCAAUCACAGGGAUUUGGGGAGGGAUGUUGAAGCUUAGAGGGACACAUUUUCUCCUUGUGAAUUUCAUCUACUUACAUAAUAAGAAAGAAAAAUUAUAGCCAUUUUUUUAUUUCCCGUUAGAGUCAACAGGGGUGAAACAGAGCUUUGGACUUAACAGAUCAGAUUUGCACCUUAAUAAUGAAUCAAAUUGGAACAAUACAUGUGCUAGUAAAUAUUGUGGUUGCUGUACACCCCUGGUUAUACUCAUUCAUGAAAAUGGCUUCGGGAGUAAUCCCUGAGGAAAAAUCCAUCUCCACUGCCUUGCGGGAUGUCUCUGGGAGAAGAAAAGUCUAUGAAGUAAACACUACACAAAUCUGGAGCGGAGUCCCUAAGAUAAUUGGAUGGUGCCUUGUAUGCCUCUUGGCAGUUCCUGCAGCCAAGCUGGUGCCAAAUAUAUUCAUUUCCUUACCUUUGCUCGACAUCAGUGAGGCCGGAAGCCAUAGGCACAGCCACUUCUCCUUUCUUCUUCAGCAGCAGCAGUUGAUCUGUUGGGUGCUUGGAUCUGCUGCCCCUGUGGAUCUUGCCAGCUGAAGCAGAACUGCUUCAUAUUGCCUCAUUAAAAGGCUGACCCUGGGUGCAAUUCUAACCCCCAGAUAUACCAUGUCCUAAACUCUCCCAGCUGAUUUAUCUUGUUUCCUGCUACUCAAGAGCUGUGACUCUCCUGACCAGAAGCCUAUGUUCAUGACACCUAGAGUAGGGUUACCAAAAGGGGGAAAUGUGAUAAUGCUGGAAGAACGUCUCUUUCUCCUCUGCCUCUAUGAUCUUCACAAAAAUUUCCAAGCCCUGCAGCACAAUCCUGUGUAUGAUUACUUAGAAGGAAGUUCAGUUUUGUUACAGAUGGGAGCCCCAGUAUAGAUUACAAAAAAUAAUUGUGAUUAAUCUGUGGGUUGAUCUUAACAGAGAUAUUGCAAACUGUGGAAGAUGGCAGUGUACUGGAUUUACUCAUUGAAGGUGAGAAGCAAAUGGUGAAUUGCUGUUGGGUAUGGGAAGCAAUGGGCGUGGGUGGCGCUGUGGGUUAAACCACAGAGCCUAGGACUUGCCGAUCAGAAGGUCGGUGGUUCGAAUCCCCGCAACAGGGUGAGCCCCCAUUGCUUGCUCCCUGCUCCUGCUAACCUAGCAGUUCGAAAACACGUCAAAGUGCAAGUAGAUAAAUGGGUACCGCUCCGGUGGGAAGGUAAACGGUGUUUCCGUGUGCUGCUCUGGUUCACCAGAAGCGGCUUAGUCAUACUGGCCACAUGACCCAGAAGCUCCCUCGGCCAAUAAAGUGAGAUGAGUACCGCAACCCCAGAGUCGGUCACGACUGGACCUAAGGGAAGCGACUGGCCCUUUACCUUUAAGGGAAGCAAUUACUGUACUAUUUUUAGGUCAAAAUUGCAUUAGCAUUUUUAUCAGUGUAAAAAGCUCCAAUCCAAAUGAAAUGAGAAAUUUCAUAAAGGUUGCAAUCCUAAACUCACUUUCUUCAGAGUAAGUUUUAUCAAACAGUGUUUUUUAAUCUGAGUAAACACACUUAAGGUUGCACUGUGUAAAGAGUAACUCAGCUUUUAAGAUUUUCAUACAUUCUUAAUGAGAAAAUACAUAUGGAAAUAAAAUAUUUCUGUAGUAGUAGCUAUGGUUAAUGCAGAGUUUACACAUCAGGACCCCUUCCAACUCUGCAAUUCUAUGAUACAGAUUUCAGUAGAAAACGACUCAGUACAGAUAUUGUCAUGACCCUUGAACCCACCAGCCCAAUCCAUUCUUGAACUGGGUUGGAGUUCAAAUUGUUAUAUCAAGUGAAUUGGCAUCAAAUAAGUAACUGGAGCAUACUCUUAAGUGGCUUUCUUCUCUCAAGCCAUAUUUUCAAAUACUUUCCUAGUUUUUAAGGAGCUGUGUAGUUUAGCAAGGAACCUAAGGAGGUUGACUCUAUAUGUCUCAGCUAUUGGAAUUCAAAGAACACACCCAAUUCUUGAAUCAAAAUUACAUUAAUACUAUUUAUUCAAACUAGGAAAAUGAUUUACCAGCUUCAUAUGAACCAUCUGCUGCACUCUUCUUAACAAAGCCAAGGUUUUCCAUGAGCUUAUUUUUUGGUAGAACAGAUGGAAUAGGAUCACUGUGCAGUGAUUAUGAGCCAAGAAAAUACGUCUCAGCUGGUGGGUGUUGAGGAACUGAAACACUUAUGAUAUGACUACCUGACAAAUUAAUUUAUGUUUCCUGAGUUGUAUUUCUCUCUCUGUCCUGCUCCGAUAUGUGGAGGAGAGAGCCUAGAGUAUAUUUAUGAGAAAACAAUUUUGCCCUCACCUAAGCCUGAAAAAUCAUUCUCUUGAGAGAUUUGCUGACAUCAAGACCUAUUGCUCUGGUUGUGGGUAGGGAUUUGCUAUUUCUUGAUUUCUCUUCAUUAUAAAUAUCACACAUCGCUGUUGACUUCCUUUCUGUUAUCAUGUAUAACCUUAUGAUGUAGUGCUUGAGUUAAAGGGAAAGAGCAAGAUGCCCUUUUCUCUGAUAAGGAGGCCACAUUUUCUCCCCCACUCCUUCCAGGCAAAUGCUCUGUAGGGAAGAGCUGCACUGGAAAGGCUGGUGAGGCAGGUGGGGUUCAAUAUUUUAUUAUGUAAUAAUGCCAGCUGUAGGGCUCAUCCACACUUCCAUUUGCCCCUCUGGAAAACUCGCGGUUUAGCGCUGAAUCGGAACCAACGACAAUCGGGUUUUCCGUGGAUUGCAAUUUGUUCCAAUUUAGUGGUAAAGAGUGGGUUUCUCAGGGGAAAGCAGAAGGACGGAGAGAAAACUGCUGGGACCCGUGCCUUCUAGGCAUGGGAUAAGUGGAAGUGUGUGAGAGACAGAAGUCACAGCAAAACCUAUUAAAAGCAAGUGAGAAAUAAUAAUAAUAAUUAAUAAUAAUUUUUUUAUUUAUACCCCACCCUUCCUGGUUCAGAAAACUGGGCUCAGGGUGGCUAACAACAAAUUUAAAACAAUUGAUGCAACAAAAAACAGCAUAAAAUACAGUAUAAAAUGUGAAUAACAAUAAAUUCAGAAUUCAAAAAUCAAUUUAGGGGGAAAAUGUGUUGUGCCUAACCUUCCCCUCCUUGUGUUCAGUUUUGGUACUGCUGGUAGUAGGACUGAAGAUGGAGCGGUACCUGCACUAUCUAUUGGAUGAAUGUCAGAAAGAGGUUGGUACAGAUUAUUUCCUUGCUGCUUCAAAUGUACAGACUCCCACUCCUACUUAUACACAUUCAGUAUGGCUCUCGCUCUCAGGCUUCUUGCCUGCUUCCAGUUCAGCUCACAUGCAAAACUCUGAUCUUUGUCUUUCUCACUACUAGCCAGGCAAGGGAAGGAGCCCACCCAAUUGCCCUCUGGCACAGAACAGCUUCCUUUGUUAUACUAAUGACUAGACUUAGGUGACAACUUGUGGGAUUCAGGUGGUGCUGUGGUCUCAACCACUGAACCUCUUGGGCUCACUGAUUGCAAAGUCAGCAGUUUGAAUCCGCAAGACAGGGUGAGCUUCCGUUGCUGUGUCCCAGCUCCUGCAAACCUAGCAGUUCAAAAGCAUACCAGCGUGAGUAGAUAAAUAGGUACCACUGUGGCAGGAAGGUAAACAGCGUUUCCGUGUGCUCUGGCUUCUGUUAUGGUGUUCCGUUGUGCCAGAAGCGUUUUAGUCAUGCUGCCCACAUGAAAAGCUGUCUGCAGACAAAUGCUGGCUCCCUAGGCCUGAAAGCGGAGAUGAACGCUGCACCCCAUAGUCGAAAGUCGAAUUCAACUGGACUUAACUGCCUAGGGGUCCUAGGUGGUAACUUAGGUGACAACUACAAUCCUUGCUUGGCUAAUUCAACAAUGGAAUCCUUCAUUGGAUUUUAACCCUUGCUGAAUGCAGGACCUCAGGAAUUACAAGGGACAAACAUCACACUUAUUAACCCUCCCUCCAACACACAACAGUAUUACUCUCCUGCAAUAAAUUGUAAAUUCUUUUAUCCUAAGCUUUCAUCUCUUGUCUAUUGCUAAUUCAGAUGUCUUUGGUUGCUAAUUGGUGCUUCCUGUACACAAAUGUUUCCCCAACAUAUGCGCUUGAAGAUAAGUGAUAACAAACUUGUAUCAGUUCACUAUGUGGGUGGUGGUGUGAGGGCACUUCCUUCUGAAUAGCAAGUUCAAAGAAUGCUAGGGUAAGCAGAACUAUAUGGACCCUGCCAUGCAAGUUGCAAUGCGACUGUAUCUGUGAGGUAAAGCGCAUUUUCAAAAAGAUAGUCUGCUGAAUUGUCUGGUGUGCUUUUUUAAAUGUAAGGACAUUUUCUCACUGCUUUAAUUUUUCACUUGUUUGCCACCACUAUAGUUAUGCAAGGUAGCAGCUACAAGAAGCAGCUUGCCCAUGUUUAUUCUUCUUGGAAAACUGGCAGACUCCAUCCCAAUUUUUGCUGAUGUAUGGGUGGUUGAACACAGUAAGUAUUACAAGUACAGUGGUACCUCGGGUUACAGAGGCUUCAGGUUACAGACUCCACUAACCCAGAAAUAGUACCUCGGGUUAAGAACUUUGCUUUAGGAUGAGAACAGAAAUCACGCGGCGGCAGCGGGAGGCCCCGUUAGCUAAAGUGGUACCUCAGGUUAAGAACAGUUUCAGGUUAAGAACGGACCUCCAGAACGAAUUAAGUUCUUAACCCAAGGUACCACUGUAAAUGCAAUGUUGGAACUAAGAACUCCUGUGAAGGUGAGAGAUUAUGUCUUUUUUAAAUGCUCCUAAAUUUUUUUGUGAUAGCAAACAAGGAGACUAAAAUGUAAUCUUGGCAAAGCUCAUGAAAGCCAUUCACAAGACUACCUGUUCUUUUUUGGAGAGGUGGAGGUCAGCCUUGUAAAUUUAACUAAGUGGAAAUGAGUGUUUAGUCUCUAAGGGGCAUAUCUUUAAGGGGCAUAAAACAUUUUGUGGUUUAAUAGGAAACCUUUCCAUAUAGCUAAUAGUGACUCAUUCAACAAAUUCCAAAAAUACUUUCAAUUUCCCUAUAUGAGGAAAAACCACAAGCUUAUGUCAAGAUCCACAAAUAUGGUGUAUUGAAACUGGACAUGAGCAGUCUUUGUGAGACUGGAUUAGUAGAUCAGCCUGCUUCAAGUUUGAAUAAGUAUCCAAAUGAACAAAUCCAGGCAACGUUUCGGUGAAGGAGAAUGUUUUUUCAUGCCUAUAUGUGCAAACACUGGGUGAACUAUAGAAGGAGAGGCACACAAGUGGGACAUGAUAAGCAGUAGCAACACCAAGCUGCUGGGACACAACAACUGGAAACAUGGCAAAAAUCUAAACUGAGAGUGGUUAGCUAGGUUGACUUACAGGUCUGUGUAUGCAGAGGCAAUAAAAAGAUCCAGGAACUUGAGACUAAGGGCAGCAUGUGAGGUAGUAAAAAUGAAAAGAAUGGAAGCAGCACAACUGUGGGGUGACCUUACAUCAAGGAUGACUUGGAGAUUAGGGUUUUGGUCAUCUGCUAUUUGGAAAUAGCUGAGUUUCACAAGUCAGUAGGGUCCCCAUUUGUGGAUGGAGGAAAGAUUCAAUAAGGUGCAAGGUUAAAUUGUGAAAAAACCCAGAGGUUAAACAUACAUACAUACAUAUACAUAAACACAUACAUUGUGUUUAUUUUGAUAUCUCAUUAGCUAUCUUAUCAGUUAUCAAGAACCAAAUUGUAGUUUCUGUGUUUUUUAAGCAAAGGGAUUUGUACCUUGAUGUGCAGAUGUAGUACAUAGGCUCAGUUAAAUUUUUUUAAAAAUCAGUUUGCUCAGCAUACAGAACUAACGAGCUUUCUGGGGAUAAGGGUGCUCAUGAGGAAUAAUUGCAUGAAACUCAGGAUGAGGGUGACUGUCUCCUCUGUCUCCCUUAAAUGAUGCCCCUGUUGGCCAGCCCACAAUUGACAAAGUUAACAGUGUUUUCUCUCUUUACAAUUGCUUUUUCUGUUCUCUCUGCAUGUAACAUGAUGGAGCAUCUGGCUGCAGGUUUGAUGUACCCAAAUGAGAGCAUAAAGGCUGCUGUAUGUUAUCUUUAUGGCAAGCUGUACUCUGUCCCCAGUGCAGCAGAGAGGCUGUUUGUUCAUUUCACAGAGAGGCUGUGUGGCCUCUUUCUGACUACUCUAAAGAAUUCACAGACCAAGGAGCUGCAAGUUAACUGUAUGGGUAAGGUGCUCAAUGAGUGGAAUAGGAGGGGAAGAGCUUGGGAUGUUUUCACAAAUGCUGCUAGUAACGCCUUUCCUUCUGGAAUGCUUUGGAAUAGAAAGCAGAAGAAAGCAAUUUUAAAAUCCAGUCUCUUUUAUCAUUCACAUAAGGAUUUAAUUUGCCUUUCAGAUUCUGAACCCAUGUGUAGGCAUGUUGCUAGUUUUUUUCAAAACCAAAAACACCCCCCCCCAAAAAAAAACCACCCUCAAGGCAAGGCACCUAACACAAAUUUGGAUAUGCUGUGCUAUACUCUUAUGGUCAAAUUUUAAGCAACAAAAGUUGAAUUGGUUGAUUUUUAUAUGUAUAUAUGCAAAUUUAGAUCUAUGGCAUAUUAAGUUGGUGAAUGGCUGGGUUCUUGCUGGCCCUGCACAUUGUAGAAUGCCCAGCUGUCCUGUUAGCAAAAUAAAAAAGUUGUUUUUUUAAAGUGGGGAAGGGACAGGAGAUUUGGAAAUUGGAAGCGUAACUCCUUAAUAGCUAACCAUCUGUUCCAGGCAAUAUCAGGAGUCAGUUUGACUUUUCAGAGCCAGAAAAAAAAUGUUGAGGGACAAUGACUUUUUGCUUUUCUGAUGGAAAAUUGAAAAUAAAUAAUCUGAUGUAGAUAUCUGUACAGAUAAUACAAUAUUGCUUAUAGAGUGGUCAAAAUAUUUUUUGGUAGUAGAGCAACAAUAGAAUCGGAAUCAUAAAGACGUUUCAGAACCCAAUGAAGUGAUGUUUAAAUAUCUCUUGUUUUGUUAGUUUCUCAUUUUCUUUCCCCUUGCUCUAUUGCAGGUUUGCUAAAGCAGCUGCUGAAAUAUGAUAAGUUUGUUUCAGUUAUUAUGAGUAAUUCAGGAAAAGGAGCAGAUUCUCCAAGCCCAGAGUUGUUUGAGCGAGAAAGUCCAUUACCUUUAAUGAUCAAGAAGGUAAUUGCCAAAAAGAUUUAACCCAUCCUCCUAACAUCUGCUGCCAGAUUUGUUAUUAUUCCGAGUUGACGCAUUAAUGGUAAAUGCUGAACUUGCUUAAUGGCAAGUUUUUGUUACAUAUUCCCUAACUAUAGGUAUUAGUGAAUACCUUGUGUUGUAGAAGAAAAUUAAAAGUGCUAUGCUACAUCUAAAUGUAUUCUGAGAGAAUGGGUGGGAAUGCUUUUUCCUGGUUGCACAUGGGGUAAUUUUCAUAAUACUGUUAUGAGUUUGUGGGUGCAAGACACCCAUAGCUCUUGGGUUUAGUAAGUGUUGGAGUUUAAUCAGUGCUUGGAGUAUUACGAUGGGCUGCCAGAUGCUGAAUUUAUCCAUGUCAAAAUACAGUGGUACCUUGGGUUACAUACGCUUCAGGUUACAGAUGCUUCAGGUUACAGACUCCGCUAACCCAGAAAUAGUACCUCGGGUUAAGAACUUUGCUUCAGGAUGAGGACAGAAAUCGUGCUCCGGCGGCCCGGCGGCAGCAGGAGGCCCCAUUAGCUAAAGUGGUGCUUCAGGUUAAGAAAAGUUUCAGGUUAAGAACGGACCUCUGGAACGAAUUAAGUACUUAACCCGAGGUACCACUGUACAGGCCAAACCAAUUUUUCUGUGCUUGAGAGAUGGGCCAUCAGCAGAGAACAAAGAUAGGGAGGUGGGCCAUCAGCAAAGCAAAGACUGUACAAGCCAACAAAUGGGGGGAGCCCCUCUCUGAGCUCUGAGAUUGUUAGUCAGAAGACAGUGCCAGUUUUCUAGGAAGUUUUCUAGGGUUUCAGUUCCUUGUGGCAGGAAAAAGGAAAAAGGGGUCAGCCUUUGAAGCUGGGGAGGGGGCAGGGCGGUCAAAGCAUAAUGUGGGCUGACAGUUUGAAUCCAAGGUGGCAGCAAUGGGAGAAAUGGAACCAUCAUGGAGUGUAAUGCUGGAAGCCCCUCCAUUGUAGGCUUAGGUUGUAUAUAUCUGUAAAUAAGCCACAUAUCAUAAAGACGCUGCAGUCUCUGUUGUGCCUCAUUUCCAAAGGAAACACAAACCUUGGGUAAGCGCCUGGACCCCUAGUACCUCGCACUGCACAAAGAUUGGGGUAGUGUGUAACAAUACAGUGGAUGACGCCCAUUAUGAUUACUAGAAGCAGCAUAUACAGCUGUUUGAUGUAUUUGCCCAUAGUUUUGUGAUUAUUCUAACACUAUUUUCUCUGUUCAAUUUAGAAAUAAAAUCUAUUCAGAUGGUUUGGUUUGCAUGCCAGAGUAAGCCUAACCAUGGUUUAGUGUAAAUGCAUGAGUGUGUGGGCUCCUAGGGAGGAGUCUGUGGUUGCUUUGCUUUCCUCCAGUUGUCUUGCUGCUGUGUUGUACUGAUCUAAGCCAUGGUCCAAAUUUGGGCUUGUGGUUUAGCUAACUAGAUUAACUAUGAAUUGUAACCAAGGUCUGUCAUUAUUUUUUUUUACUUGUAGUGUGUUGGGAGAACUAAGUCAAGAGCUCUAGUUUGCAGCAGCAAAAUGACCCCAAGAGUUUUCAGUGAAGCAGCUGCUAAAAUGUAGAAAAAACCCUCUGUUAGCAGUAUCUUCCAGUUUAUGGGGUGAUGUCAGAUGAUUGACAGGUAGUUGGUCCUACCUCGUGUCAAUUUUGGCCCAUGAGGCACAACCUGAUCAAGAUCUGGCCUGCAGAGCCAAAAAGUUUGUCUACCCCAUGCGUAGUGUGACGUGCGAACCAAGACAUCUGAAUAGUUUAAAAUAAUUUUUUUAAAUAAAUAUUUGAAUGCUAAACCAUGGUUUAGCUUAGUGUGGCUCUAUGACAAUAGCAUUUCUUUUUAGUUUAAAUUAUUAUUCUUGUUCUGAUUUGCAUUUGGUCAACACGUUUUUUCUAAUGCUGCAGUAAUUUAGUGUAACAAUGGCUCUUUAAUACCUAGUCUUAUGUCUUUCACAGCUGUUACUGUCUAGAGAUGAGGUAUUACAGGUAGCAAGUGCUCAGUGUAUGGCUGCUGUACUGGUGCAUUCUCCAGCAACAUAUGCUCCUGCCUUUAUCAAUGCUGAUAUCCCAGGUAACAAAAAGAAUGUGCUGUUGUUUAUUGUUUGCCAAUUUGCAGGUUAUCAUGGUACUUGAUUGCAAAGCUAUGUUUGGAAUAGUUGCAGCUAUUGCAGCACUGUUAACCAAUAAUACUUCCGAGUGACGUAAACUAGAAAUUGUAAGUACAGUAUAAGAAGAAUUUUAUGCCCCACGAAUAACACUUUGCAGUAAUCUAACCUAGAGGUUACUAGAGCAAACAAACAGCAACAAGAACCCACCCCCAAUUAAAAACAGUUAAAAUAAUUGUAGCAGCAGAGUUGCAACUUGCACAGCAGCCAGGUCAGUAACAAUCUUUUCCCCCCUUUUUCCUUCAGCACUCACCCCCCCCCCCCGGUAGUUUCAAGAUGUGUCAGAGUUUUAAGUUAACAUUUACUUCUUUUGUGUUUUUCUUUAUUUCCCCUCCUUUUGGGAGUAGUUGUGUUGGGCUCAACUGAUGCUAGAAUACAUUUAUUUUUAUUUUUGUUUGCAGAGUUCCUGUUUGAGUGUCUCUUCUGCAUGAGCGAAAUUCUCACCUGGUCAAUUUAUUGCUGCCUGCUGCUGCUGACUGAGGAACAGCUUUUCUUUUCCAAGUGUCACACUGUCUAUGGUAAAUCACCAUUCUCCACAGCCUGAUGGCGUUGCUGCCAUGCCAUUCAACAUUUCCACACUAGCCAUUUUGUUUGCAAUUGCUAUCCAUUGUUAUCGCAUCAUUCUUUGUUCAUUAACUUUUCAGAGAAUCCAGAUGAUGACAUUGCCCAAUCAUUGCAUUCUAGGGUUUUGUUCGUUGUCCUUCCAUAAGUUUUCAAAUUUUAUUUGUGGCUGUUGUUCUGGGGUGUAAUACAACUGCAAAUCUACAAGUACUGCUAAGGCUUUUAAAAAGCUGCAGUGUCUUUAAUCAAAAGCUACCUGUUCUGAUCAUUUAUUGUGUCCUGUUCGGCAUGACUGGGAGACAGGUGAUGAAUUGCCCCUUAAUUGCUCGGCUUUUGUUCCCUGUGGCUUUCCUUUCAUUAUUUUCUUUUCACUUUUAUAGCAAGAUAAUGCCGCUUCUCUGUAAAAGGACUGGGGGGGAGGGGAAACCCAGAUUGAGAAAAGCAAUGAGUAAUUAAAGUUUCCAUCCCCUGCAAAAUGGGGAACUGAAACUGACUGAGAGCACGACCUUGGGAAUCCUGCCAUCUUCCAUUCUGUGGACAUGACCAAGGCAGCUUAGACAUCAUUGAGACAGGAUGGUGAACAUGUUGGGAAUGUGUGUUUGGGAGAACACAUCUUUUUUAGAAAUUCUGUCCUGCCAUGUGCUACCCCAAAUCCUUGUGAUGCAGUUCAUGUGGAAGGUGUUCAGGCAUUGCUCCUGACGGUUAUAAGUUGCCCACAACUCACAUCUAUAAAGCAGCAUGUUCAAAGUACUUCACAUAUGUGGUGAUGGGCUAAAAUGAGUCCAAACAGCCUCUAUCACUUGAUGUUCAGUGUUAAAUAGUGGGAAAGAUGGACGAAGGACACAGCUCUGUUAGAUUCACAGCUCUUUAUUACAGCAGUUAGAACUGCUCCUGGAGUCAGACUCGGUGCAGCCCAGCUGGCUGCUUUAUAUAAUACUAAGUAACUUGUAACAGUAACAACUCCCAACUAGCUAACCAAUCAGAGAGUGACAGUUCUCAAUCCUUCAUUUGCAUACUGGUGGCCCUGAGUGAGAACUGCAGUUAAUCUUAAUACAUAACAUUCAGGAAAUAAGUUGCCCAAAUCUUUCCACCUUUCUGCUUCACUACGGGAACCCCCUUCAUGGAUUGGGGCCUGCUUAAAUAUUUUUGACUUUAUUCCAGGCAUUGAACCCAUUUUAAGGAGCCUGAAAGAAAUCUUGCAUCUCAAUAAUGUGGAAUUGCAAAAGCAGGGGCUUCUACUUUUCACUGAAAUUUUAAAAUGGUAAGAGAUUCAAAGUUCCAGGUUGCCUUUAAUUUGCAAAAUGAGUGGGGGAGCACCUUUCAUGGAUGAUUUUGGGUUUUUUUUUGGGGGGGGUAGGUUUUAGGUGAAAGGGGUAUAUCCAGGGUAUAUUCUCAUAAGCGAUAACACACUAUCCACUAGCUUGCUUGUGAAAUAAAAUUUUAAAAAUUAAGUGGAGAUUUUUAUCCUGGACUCCAUUUGUAUUAGACAUGAAAUUGUAUACAGUAUAUACAUGCACAAAUAUUUAUUGUUGCUGUGUUUAUUGUUAAAUUGCUUUAUGCAAAGCAAUUCAAUAAAUAAAUAAAUGUGCAAUUUUGGCAAUGAACUCACAACUUAACUGUUUGUUCCUGUAGGUAUUUUGUAGCAAAAGCCUUCAUGUUGUUCAUACAAAACAUGCUUAGGAUUAUUAUUGAGAAACUGUUACCAAUAAUAUAAUUUAAAGCUUCAGACCAAAUCCCAACUGAGCAGUAACCGAUAAAGAAUUUAUUCCUUUACUGGAAUAUAUGCCUUUCUUCUUUUUCAGGCAGCCAGCAGAAAUCAAAUUAUUUACAAAUACCUCUGUCUUUAAAGAUGCAGUUAGUGUUCUUCUAGAAGCUUUAAACUGUCCUAUUCUUGAAGUAGCAGCCGAAGCUGUGAAAGCUGUGGCUGCAAUACUGAGGUAAGUGGGAAACAAUUUGGUGAACUUUUUCUUUGUAGCUGGACACCCAGGUUAGUCCUUUCUUGCACUCUUGAUUUUGCUGACAUCUGGACCACCAUGAAUUUCUGUCUCCCCAGAGGUUUGCUUCCAAGUUAAUUGCCUAACUUGUCUUACUACUCUUUUCGCUGCAGAAAGGAUCAUGUGACCAUCCCUCCCGUACUAUACAGAGAGUUACAGAAGCUGGUCGAAGGUGUUUUAAAACGAUGUAGUGAUCUUCCACUGCCAAUUCUUAAUAGGAGGCUCAUGGUUAGUCAUUCAGUCUUGUGUUUUUAUUCUGAUUGGCAGGUAAUGUGGGCCAGAUGUGUGACCAAGUCCUCUCUUCGUGCUCCCACCCCCAAAUAGUGGUGGGAUUCUGGCAGUCCUUUCCACAAAAAGCCCUCCUCUCAUGUUAGCAGACUUGUUGCUAUGCUUGAGAUAGUUGAUCUGCCUCACUCCUUUCCGAAGGGUGUUCUCUGAAUCUUUUUUAUAUUUGGGACUGAAUUUUCCACUUGGAUUUCCACAUAGGACUAACCUAGUAACAUGCAUGCAAACAGCAGGGAUUUAAAAGAAAGCUGGUCCAAAUAAUGGGAUGGCAAAACAUGUGUUUUCAACAAAGUUUAAAAUAUAGAAAUGAAUAAAUGUUUGCAUGUUUAUGCUAAGCCUUCUGGUGUAGCCCAAAGUCAGGAGUACUAUACUGGGGAUCGCAGAGAUGGUUACAAAGUGUCUUGAUGGAGAAGAAACGAAUUCUUGUCGUUCCAAAAUACAAGAAUGAGUGACACCCUCUGCACAUGCACUUGAUGUUUACCUGCUUUCCAGAACAUUGUGAGCAUGUGCAGCCAAAUCUUAUUUGUAUUUACUUGGAAGUAUAGUUUACUGAGUUCAGGUGGAGUUCCUCUACAGUAGAUGUGUAAAUAUUGCAAUACCACACAUGUAGGAUGAGCAAUUUCACAAAAUGUGACUUUUAUGUGCAUGUUGCAGAGACAUUACACAAGUAUUGCAAGUAUAUGUGCAGUGCAGGAGCACAUUUUCAGAAUCAAGCAAUCAGUUUGCAAUGACAUUAAAACAGAAAGAGGCUAAUCUCUAGAAGAACUUAGUUUUAUUCUUUCCUGUUUUUAUAGUGUGACAGAGUUACUCCUUUUAUCUAUAACGUGCUGUAACCCAAACAUUUGGGAGUUACGAAAACUUCUAUUGUUAUUUAUUGCUGACUAGAAAAGCGGGAAAUUCUCUUCUGCCUUUUUCAGUACAAGAAGCUGGUGUGCAUCUGCUGAACAAGAAUUAACGGUGGCUCAUGAUAGCAAAAGAGAAGAAAUGGAUGAGCAGCCUUAGUGUUUCAAACAAUUAGAGGGCUUUUCAAGCUAACGUUUGGUGACUGCAAUUGUUAAUUUAAUGUGAUAUUCUGGUGGCAUGAAGUAGAAGGUCAUAAGAAAGUCCUUUUCUCUCAUCUCAAUGUCAUAGGGUCAACCAGGCAGCAGACAUCAGAACAAAACAGUUUCACAGCAGGGACAGUUCCUGCAGAGUGCUUUAGAAAGCUUCAGAAAUGCUUGUAGGUGAGGAAGUUCUGUCUGUCUUUAGCCUAAGAACAUUUAAGAGAGAUCAGAUAGCAAUUUGUUCACAGCUUUCUGAAAUUGUAGGGGAGAUGCGCAAAGCUUGCAUCUGUGUCUGAGGAUAUGAUUAAAGGGGUAUGAACCAGGGUUUCCUGCUUUGCUCCUCUUCAUUCAAGUGGCUCAAUAGCUGAUGACCUGGAGAUUUACUCUUCGUAUGUGCUAAAAAUAUCAGGAAGCCACCUUUGUGCAGCGGAUAAGGUUGUGCUCUGGCUGGGAGCCAAGUUGGCUUUGGGAUGGGUUGGGGGGCCACUGUUCUGGCUCUCACCAGCCCCAGGGACAAAGCCAAUCCAAAGUUUUAGCAGGCGCUGGUGGGAGGUGGGGAGUAGAACCCAGUGGGGCCUUUUAAAGUAGGCUCCCCCACCCAAAGUAGCAGCAUUUAUUUAUUGGUUGUGCUGCGUUUACACUCUACCCAUCUUCCUAAAAGUUCUUAGCGGUAUCCUUAAGAUUAUCUUUGUAACAACUCUGGAAUUCAGGCAGGGUUGAGUGCUUGGAGUCAUACUCACCUCUUCAAAGUGCAUGGAAAGUAAAGCAGGAACAUACCUGGUGGCCAUGUCCUUUACAUGUUCAGUGGAAGGUGUGACUGGAACUCUGUGCCUACAUAUAUAUAUGCCUGAUGUACAACUGUGUGUCUGUAGAGCUCUAUCAUCUUCUGCCGAAUGUGCGGAACUUGGGAGGGGACAGUAGGCACAGUCUUGGUUUCUUUCCCCUUUCAUGAGUUUGAUGAACACAUUUUGAAGACGUGAGAAGGGUUCUGCUGACAAAAAGCUCUCUGAGAGGCCAUUAAUACCAAGAGGAGAUUGAACACAUUCAAACUCAACAUUCUGGUUACGGAGUUGAGGUCCAGCCAGGAUGCUGUAGAAACAUGAUGCAAUAGCUUCUGCCCGUCUGACAGUCCUGUGUGUCUUUCUAGAUUAGCUGUGGAAUCACAAAACGACCCUGUGGCUCAGGAGAAUUCUUUCACUGCUCCCAACUCAGAGAAUGAAGAUACACUGAAAAGCUUUUCUGAGUUUCUGCUGAGGAUCUCUGACUCUCUUUGCAUUCCCAUAGUCAUGGUAGGGUCUCCUUUUACCCCACCCAAACAUCAAGUGGUUCACAUAUGUUUAUACGGAAGCAAGGAACACCUAGUCUAGCGUCCUGUUCUCACAGCGGCUAACUAGAUGCCUUAGCAGGACCUGAGUACACCAGCACUAGGAAAGUGAGCAUGACAGAGUUUGUGCCCCAUGCAGAAGAGAUUGGCUGGUGGAGGCAGUGAUGCUGUGCCCUUCCCUCUACUUCCUGCCCCAAUUAUUAGGUAUGGGGGGAAUAAAGAGGAGCAUCCAAAGUUUAUAAAGGUAAAGGUAAAGGACCCCUGACAGUUAAGUCCAGUCGCAGAUGACUCUGGGAUUGCAGCGCACAUCUCACUUUACAGGCCGAGGGACCCCGCGUUUCUCCGCAGACAGUUUUUCCGGGUCAUGUGGCCAGCAUGACUAAGCUGCUUCUGGCACAAUGGAACACCGAAACCAGAGCAGCGCAUGGAAACGCCAUUUACCUUCCUGCCGGAGUGGUACCUAUUUAUCUACCUGCACUUUUUGGCAUGACAGGAGCUGGGACCGAGCAACAGGAGCUCACCCCAUCGCGGGUAUUCAAACCGCUGACCUUCUGAUCGGCAAGCCCAAGAGGCUCUGGUUUAGACCACAGCGCCACCCGCAUCCCUUUCCAAAGAUUAAAUUAAGUCUAUUGUCAGAAGUCAUUGUAGAUCUAGAUUCUUGUUACAAGCUGUUUUUGGACAGGAGCUUUCUAUUAGACCAUGCCCUGUGGUUCGGAGUUAUCAAACUUGUCAGGCCCAUUAAAAAGAUUUCCUCAUGUCUUAUCUGAGUUGCAUGUUAUUUCUUUCUGUAACAGUGAAAGUAUAUUUGCCCCCUUUCCCUGCAGAAAUAUUCUGAAAGAGCUGUCCACCCAGCUCUCAUGGAAGUCUUAAUUUCGACCCUCAACAUCUUAUUCAGUGUUAUGCCAGACUCAAGUAAGAGAUUCUCCAUGAAGCUGGGUAAGGAAAACUGGAAGAGGCUAUUUUCUAUAUUUCUUUCAGAAGCAUAUUAUUAAGCUGUAGAAUUUGUUGCUGCUGAAUGUUAAUGUGUCAUAAAGCUCAGUAAGAACCCCUAACAUUAACGAAGCAUCUAUUAGAGUAGAUGUGUUUUUGAAAUGUUUCAUUCUCCAAUCAAAAUGGAAGUGUUCUGUACCUAGAGUGCCUGCAGGCUAGUGGCUCAGUUCUCCCCAAUUAUUGCUCUUCUGCUGUAAGCUACAUGCAGAAUUAAAAUUUAACUAUCACACUUCAGGGAAUAUAGCACUUUGUAUGUGUGUGUACAUACUGCUUUGUUUCAUCCACAUUAGUGAAUUUGACAUAGCUGUGAAAGAAAGGAUGGGAAAUUGAGUUAAAAAUUAUAGCCAUUUUUAAUAUUCUGUUUAAUUUGUACAAAUACACUUUUUUUCUUUAAGUGUUCUUGCAUGAUUUAUUUAAUCACUUUUUAAAUAGGCAGACUUAAACUGCAUUGCAGGGGGUUGGACUAGAUGACCCUUGGGGUCUGUACAACUUUACAAUUCUAUGAUUCUAACAGUUUAAAACAAUUAAUUUAUAAUACCAUGAUGCUAAAAUUGUGCCCUCUGGAAGGGCAUCUUGUCUUUAAACAUUUUUAAAGAUGUGCUGAAAUGCCUUUUCAUUUAAGCACUAUUUGCACAAACGAAUUUUAGAAAAUCUGUUAAGAAUGAUUUGAUUUAAGGCUCAUCCACACUUCCGCUUGUCCGGUGAGUAGAAAGCAGGGGUCCAAUAGGUUUUCCGCUUGUCCCGUGCUUUCCUGGCAUGGGCACAAGCUGUUUCCACCACUUUCCCCGGGAAAACCCACUCUGUACCGCUGAAUUGGAGUAAACAUCAGUCCGCAGAAAACCCAGCUGAUGUUUGUUUCAAUUCAGCAGAAAAAAAGUUGGUUUCCUCGAGGGAAACGGCAGAACAAGUGGAAGUGUAGACAAGCCCUCAAUGGGGCCAGUUGGAAAGGUAACAAUGAAGACAAGCCAAAAUGUAGAUGUAUAUGGAUAGGCUCACCUGAAUAUGUCACUGUGCACUUCAGAACCAGACCUUUAAAAAGACAGAGGAGUACUUGUACCUGCAGAGACUACGUUACUGUUUGGCUCUACCAUAAAUUUGGAUUAUGCAUGAUCUGAGGAAGAAACGAGGAGCACGAGGAAAAUGCAGAAGGACAACAAUUUGAUGACAAAAUCAUGUAAAUGCCCCAUAAAAAGCAAAUAAUUCCAUAGUGGCAACUCUGUAAUCAUCUCUAAUGACACUUGGAAAUGUCAGCGAGACAUCGUGAGACAUGAAAUCAUGUUUAGUAUGUAGAGAAUCCUUUAGAAUAUUCAGAGCCUUGAAAUUAUUGUUGCCUUGGCUUGAGUAAGGCUUGGCUGGGUACUCUUCAGAUUCUCUUAAGAUUGUAUAAUUGAAAAUCCUAACUCAAACAUUUUGUGUGAACACUGUUAUCCUUCCCUCCAGCAUCUUCCUCUUUCAUCCAACUGAACCUGGAGCUGAAGGCCAAAUUCUGCACUGCACAAAGGUAUUAAAUUGGGAUAGUAAAACUAAUUCUCACGCUCAUCUCUCUUGAAACAUUUCUCUUCAUUUCCCGUGUUAACCUGUAGACAUUCUAAUAGAUUUGUAAUGUUGACCCUUAGACAUGAGAUUUAUGAUUUUCAUAGAGCACCAGGUUAAUUUUGGAUGUUCUGGAAAUGGCAAAUAAAGCCUACAAUUAACUACUGCCUUAAGCCUUGGUGACUUCAAAGCUAAUGAUAUUAAUAAACUAGAGAUGGUGUCUUGACCAAGUCUGCACCUCCAGUUUCUCAUUUUGCAUAAUUUAUUUUCCCUUUCAAGUAACCCUGGUUUGAAUCAUGCUUGUUCAAGUUUCCUGCAUAGCAUAUGCCUCAAUCUUCAUUCAUCCUCAAAGAAGCCGGAGGAUUCUUCCCAAGAGGGCAAGUUUGAUAAAGUGAUUUCUGUGUGUGUGAUGUGUCUUUGAACCUGGCAGCAUACAGCUGGGUUUGGGAACAGAAAUAGUGGCAAAAGGUUUGGGGAAGAUACGCUCUUUGAGUUAGCUGCCUUCAGUGACAUUAGCUGUGUAUACAUUGCUAGCUUAAAGUGCAGCUAGGUCAUUCUUUUUCUCCAUUUGGAUUGAAACUGGUUUGGAGGAAAACACAUCAAAAUGCAGUAUUUCUUAAGAACCAACAGGAUAGAUACAGGACAGAUACAGGAUUGUGACCAAAGCCCAUUGCUUCCCAAACCAAUGAUGGGAUCAUACACAAUGCAGAGUAAACAGGGUGUGUGUACACAGCUUUGUAUUGUAAGUAGAGGCUCUUGCAACACCUGCAUGGCCCAUCCCCCCACCCCAAAUCUUUAAAACAAUUGAAUGUAAUCACUUUCUGGCCAGUGGUCUCAUAUAAGAUAGCAUGAGCUAUGGAGCAUAUUUUAUGUUCCUGUCUCUUUUGUGGAGUAAGGUGAAAUAGAAGGGCAAUAUGAGAGAAGCAUAGGUGGGCAGGAGCAGGGACGUGGGUGGUGCCUAGGACUUGCCGAUCAGAAGGUCGGCAGUUCGAAUCCCCGUGACGGGGUGAGCUCGCGUUGCUCGGUCCCAGGGCCUGCCCACCUAGCAGUUUGAAAGCACGUCAAAGUGCAAGUAGAUAAAUGGUACUGCUCCGGCGGGAAGGUAUACGGCGUUUCUGUGCGCUGCUCUGGUUCGCCAGAAGCGGCUUAGUCCUGCUGGCCACAUGACCCGGAAGCUGUACGCCAGCUCCCUCGGCCAAUAAAGCGAGAUGAGCGCCGCAACCCCAGAGUCGGUCACGACUGGCCCUAAUGGUCAGGGGUCCCUUUACCUUUACCUAUGAGAGAAGCAUGGAUUAUUACAGUGGUACCUCUGGUUACAAACACUUCGGGUUACAGACUCCGCUAACCCGGAAGUAGUACCUUGGGUUAAGAACUUUACCUCAGGAUGAGAACAGAAAUCGUUCUCCAGCGGCCCGGUGGCAGCAGGAGGCCCCAUUAGCUAAAGUGGUGCUUCAGGUUAAGAACAGUUUCAGGUUCAGAACGGAGCUCCGGAACGAAUUAAAUUCGUAACCAGAGGUACCAGUGUAUUAUCAAUAUUUCUUUUUGGGGGAGGGGGGUAAACAGACAUUGGGGUUCUGUGCUCCCAGCUUUUUAUUUUGUGUUUGUGUGCUGCUGCCAUUUUCAUGCCAUUUUCUUUUUUUUUUAUAAGAUAUUUAUUAAGAUUUUCAAAAUAUUACAAAAUAAAAAUAAAAAAGAAGAAAAUACAAAAUAAAAAUGGUUAAAAACAACUCAAUCUUUCCAUUACUUAUUUUUCAUUAGCUUGUUUCCCGGACCUCCUCACGCCUCCCUUUUUUGUAUUCCAGUUCGGUUUGUUGGUUCAGCAAAUCCUUACCCUCUUUGUUUAUCCUAGUCUUUAAUCUUAAAAUAUUGUAACGUUAAAUUUUUACCUAUUAAUAAUCCAUUUUUCAUAUUCCCUUAUAGUAUUACAGCUGAAAACCACUUAAUUUCUAUCCAACAUCAUUCUAACAUUCAUUAAUUUUACAAUAUUUCUGUAGAUAGUCUUUAAAUUUCUUCCAAUCUUCUUCCACCGACUCUUCUCCCUGGUCUCGGAUUCUGCCAGUCAUUUCCGCCAGUUCCAUAUAGUCCAUCACCUUCAUCUGCCAUUCUUCCAGAGUGGGUAGGUCUUGUGUCUUCCAAUACUUCGCGAUGAGUAUUCUUGCUGCUGUUGUGGCAUACAUAAAAAAAGUUCUAUCCUUCUUUGGCACCAAUUGGCCGACUAUGCCCAGGAGAAAGGCCUCUGGUUUCUUCAAGAAGGUAUAUUUAAAUACCUUUUUCAAUUCAUUAUAGAUCAUCUCCCAGAAAGCCUUAAUCCUUGGGCACGUCCACCAAAGGUGAAAGAAUGUACCUUCAGUUUCUUUACAUUUCCAACAUUUAUUAUCGGGCAAAUGAUAGAUUUUUGCAAGCUUGACUGGGGUCAUGUACCACCUGUAUAUCAUUUUCAUAAUAUUCUCUCUUAAGGCAUUGCAUGCCGUAAACUUCAUACCUGUGGUCCAUAACUGUUCCCAGUCAGCCAUCAUUAUGUUAUGUCCAACAUCUUGUGCCCAUUUAAUCAUAGCAGAUUUCACCGUUUCAUCCUGAGUAUUCCAUUUCAACAGCAAGUUAUACAUUCUUGACAAAUUCUUAGUUUUGGGUUCUAACAGUUCUGUUUCCAAUUUUGAUUUUUCCACCUGGAAGCCAAUUUUCUUGUCCAAAUUAUAUGCCUCCAUUAUCUGAUAAUAAUGAAGCCAGUCUCGCACUUUAUUUUUUAAUUUUUCAAAACUCUGUAAUUUCAGUCUAUCUCCAUCUUGUUCCAAAAUUUCCCAAUAUUUCGGCCAUUUGGCCUCCAUAUUGAGCCUUUUCAGAGCUUUCGCUUCCAUCAGUGACAGCCACCUUGGGGUUUUAUUUUCCAAUAAAUCCUUGUAUCUCAUCCAAACAUUAAACAAUGCUUUCCUGACAAUAUGAUUCUUGAAUGCUUUAUGUGCUUUGACCUUAUCAUACCACAGAUAUGCAUGCCAUCCAAAUACGUUGUUAAAACCUUCUAAAUCCAAAAUGUCUGUAUUUUCAAGAAGCAGCCAUUCUUUCAACCAGCAGAAAGUUGCUGAUUCAUAGUAAAGUUUAAAGUCUGGCAGGGCAAAUCCACCCCUUUCCUUUGCAUCAGUUAAUAUCUUAAAUUUUAUUCUGGGCUUCUUGCCCUGCCAGACAAAUCUAGAAAUGUCUCUCUGCCACUUCUUGAAGCAAUCCAUUUUGUCCACAAUUUGCAAUGUUUGAAACAAAAACAACAUUCUAGGCAAUACAUUCAUUUUUAUCGCAGCAAUACGACCCAACAGUGAAAGCUUCAAAUUUGACCAAAUUUCUAAAUCUUUUUUCACUUCGGCCCAGCAUUUUUCAUAGUUGUCUUUAAAUAAAUUCCCAUUUUUUGCAGUCAUAUUUAUCCCCAGGUAUUUCACUUUCUUAACCACUGUCAAACCUGUCUCAUUCUGAAACCUCCUUCUCUCAAUCGGUGUUAAAUUUUUCUCUAAUACCUUGGUUUUUAACUUAUUCAGUUUAAAUCCUGCAGCCUGACCAAAUUCUUGAAUCAGUUCUAAAACCCUUUUAGUACUAGAUUCUGGCUCCUGUAAUGUCAAUACUAAGUCAUCUGCAAAUGCUCUCAAUUUGUACUGUUUAGCUCCGACUUGUAUACCUUUAACCAACUGGUCCCUUCUAAUCUAUUUUCAUGCCAUUUUCUGAUUGCCUUUCUUUUUAGUGCAUGACCUAUCAGAACUUUUGCAAAAGAAUCUGCCACAGUUGAACUUCGGGAUACAGGAAAGCCUCAGCCUCUUAUCUGAGACCCCAGAAUCUUUCUGUUUAGAUGAAACUCUUCGUAGUCACCAGUAUAGUCUCCUCCUUCUUUUCUACUUUGCUUUUAGUCAAGGAGACAAGUAAGUGAAGUGACUGGAACGGCGGGGGGGGGGGGGGAUCAGUAGGUGAGAUCAAUCCACUUAACUUAAAAAACAAACCAAAAACAAACCUUCUUGCUCUCAGAUUUGUUCCAGAAACAGAGCUUUUCUCAGCUAUAAGAAGUUUUCUUCUGUCAAUCCAAGACCAAGGAGACUGUCCACCCCCAUAUGUCUUCAAAGCUGUUUUGUACCUUCUGGCAAUCUGUCAAGACAAGACCGAAGCUUUAGACUUGGUAAUCACUGCUUCCAAGAGCAGCUUUUAAAAUCUACACUGUCACAUUUCUGCAAGUUUGUUAUUGAUGUUCCUUUCCAGACAAUUAAAAGUCACUGUUUUGUUCUCUUAGUACUAGUAUCCAGGAUACAGCAUCAGCAGCACAAUAUCUCAUCUGCUUUCUCAUAAGAAAGUAGCCUUGCUAUAGGAGAAUAGCCAUCAUUCAUCUUCUGAUUUUGCGUAGGGUUGCAGUGUAGGACCCAUCUAGCAAGGAGAAAACUCCUCCUGAAUAAGUUUGCGGAAUAGUGAGACAGUACAGGAAUACUGGAUGUCUACUGUGUUAGAUGCCUGAUCCAGUGCUGUAGUAACACACUCGGAAGUGAGAGUGGAAAAGAGUGUACAGGAGGCACCAAGAACAUUGAAAGAAACGAGGCAGGCCUUUGCAAAAAGAUAGUGAGAGGAUUGUCCCCACACACAAAUGCUGUCAUAAAUUGUAUCCAGAAUGUGCCAUUUACAUUUGGAAAAUACACAGCUGUUUAAUUUUGUUCUAGUAUUCAAAGUAUUAUAGGAUGCAGUUUUUAAUUUUUAAAGAAAUGUUGUGCAUGUGAUGACACUUUUAAUGAAAAUGGUAUUGUCUGCUUGUGAAGCUGUUGACUUCAAUUUGCUUUCAUAGUACUAUUCCCCUUGUAUAGAUGAAUAUAACGUUGAAAUUCUUCCUGUUAUAAUGACUUUUAGGAGGAUUAUGUUCCUCAUAAGAGGGACUAUAAAUGUACCAGUCCCUAAAGAGGUUGUUUUGACUUUUCUGAUUUCCCCUUCCAACUCUCCAAAUCCAGGCUUCACUCUCUGCUAUAAGGAGGAUCCUGGAUAGUAUAUCUGAUCUGAGCCUGGUGUAUGUCCAUCAUCCUCUGCUCCUCAAUUUUUUUUUACGCUAUCCUGAAUUUAUGGGAAGAUUUGGUCACCGCAUCCUUCAUCUAUGGCUUUCCUGUGAAGACUACAGCCACACUGAAUCUGAAGAUACUGACAAAAGACUCUCUGCUGGCUUUUCUGACUCCUUAAACAACUUUAACAGUUUGCUUUGCAUGCUGAAGGGCAAUCCCAGUGCUUUACUUGUCUUGCUGGUAUGCAAUAUUUUUUAAAAAAUCAAUACAAGAUCACCUUGUAGAAACAUUUAGAUUGCCUACCCAGAUUCCAUGUGUUGCAAAAUUUGUUUUCAUCAUCACCAUCAGCAGCAUAAAAUAUCACACACAUUUAAAGUGGAAAAGUAGCAUGCCUCAGAUUUGUUUUCUUAGAAUGACGAUCAUUGGAGAUGGUGGUGUCUUUGUGAUGUAAGGUUUUAUUUGUACAUACAGGCUGAACAUAAGAUGGAAGGGUUUGCAGCGUUGACACUCUUAACAGAUCUAGCCAUAACUGGUUUUUUUGUUUUUUAAAAAAAUGCCAUACCAAAAUACUUACAAAUAUUGAUACACAUUGAUACCUUUCAUACAUACAAUAUUAUCCAUAUUUAUUAGAAUUUAUUAUUCCAUAAAUUUAAUUAAUAUUCCUCAAACUGGAAUUCCUCUGAUAUCUACAAAAAAAUCUUUUAAUUCUUCUUCCUUGUCUUUUUCCAUCCUUAGUCCAGUAAAUUAACUUAGCCAGUUUAAUCAAUGCUCAACUUCCCAAGCUAUUAUUUGGGGGACUUCCUCCUUUUUUCCAAAUAUAGGCUACUCAUAUUUUAGCUGACAUGAAUAGAAUAUAAAUCAGUCCUUUUUCCAUCUUAAAAACCUAAUAACACUUAUGAGAUAGAAUCAUAGAAUUGUAGAUUUGGAAGGGACCCUGGGGGGUCAUUUAUUCCAACCCCCUGGAAUGUAGAAAUAUCGUAUUUUUCGUUCUAUAAGACGCACCAGACCACAAGACGCACCUAGUUUUUGGAGGAGGAAGACAAGAAAAAAAUAUUCUGAAUCUCAGAAGCCAGAACAGCAAGAGGGAUCGCUGUGCAGUGAAAGCAGCAAUCCCUCUUGCUGUUCUGGCUUCUGUGAUAGCUGCGCAGCCUGCAUUCGCUCCAUAAGACGCACACACAUUUCCCCUUACUUUUUAGGAGGGAAAAAGUGAGUCUUAUAGAGCAUAAAAUACGGUACUGCCCACAGCCAUCCCUGGGUGCCUCCCAUCACUCCUCUUCAUCCAGCCAGGCCCUUGUUUGUGCUACUGGGUUUAAUAACAGCCAAGAAACAUUCUAAUGACCUUAAUUGUGCAUUACACAAACACACAAAUAAUUUUGAUCUUAAUGGUUUUAAAACGUGUUGCUAAUUUGACUGCAUUGCAGCAGAGCCACCCAGUUUUCUCUUGUGGGUAAGGGUUGUGCUUGACUGCACCUUGGCUUUUAUUUUAAAUAAUUAGGCUACAAGAAUUAUUUUUGUAAUUCAGACUUUAAUUGUAGCGCAGCCUGUUGAUUAAAAAAGUACUUCAUUUGACUAUCUGCAUUGCUAUGAUGUCUCAUGCAUCCAGGUUAGUAUGAUAACUUGACGAUUUUGGAAUUUGGCUUCUAGGUAGGGAUCCAGAUCAGUCUCUGUGCCAUAACCAUAGAGAGCAGCAGCAGCAACAUUCUCUUAAACUGGGCCUGGUCUGCUUUUCUUCUCAGGAUCUAGUCUGUGUUGGCACCAGUGAAGUAGCCCACAAAGUCCUCAUUACCCUGAAGGCCUUCCUGAAAAUAGAUGAGAAUGUCCAUGUCUGUGACCUUCUUCGAAGCCAAUUUCUACAGAUUCUGCAGAAUCUUCUGGUAGAAAACAAUUCCAGUGUUUUGCAAGGUGAGUGACAGACCUGCCUUAAGUGCAGGAAGCUGUGGUUGGGUACCAAAUGCCCUCAAGUAAUUUAAAUACUGCCCACAUGAGCUCUUGGGCCAAGUAUUUCCCUGUUCCUAUGUGUCAGAGCAAGACAAUAUUUUGGGGAAAUUUAACAGAGGAAUUUGGGAAUUUUUCAAACAUAACUGCAAGUUUAACCCUUAGCUAUGCCUGCUAAUGUAAUCUGUCUCUUCCCCUGAUUUGCUUAUUUGGUGGGUUUCUCUCUCUGAGAAAAGCCUACUAUUUGCCAUGCGGAGGGUUAGUAAAUGGUGCCCCUGGACAUGACAUCACCAUCCCUGCUGUGAAAUAAGUGGUGGCUCUUCAUACUUCCUCCAUUAUGCUACUUGAUUCUUCUUUCUUGAUUGGGAUAGAAAUGGUCAGAUAUGUGAUGAAUUAGCACUGACACAGUUUUUUAUCAAACAAACAUGUUUUACACCCAUCAAUUGGGCCAGCACUAUGUUUGAAUCAGGGCAGACAUUAAAGUCUUUACUAAGAGCACAUCUGUUUGCAGGGCAAAUCAUGUUGAUCAUUGUGCAUCCUUGCUCAUCUGAUAUGCAGCAUGCCAUCUGUUAGUUGUAUAUCAGCGUCCUUCUGAUGCAAAAUCAGCUGACCCUCUGCUGUAAUGCAACACAGCCUUAGAGUCAAUCUCACGUGCUGAUUUGAAAUGGUACGUGUUGUUUAGGACAGCCCACAGCAGCCUGUUACUUUAAUUAUAGCUUUUCACUGCUUCUAACAGGACAUAAUGACUCUUUAGCUCUCCAGAUUAAAAAAAAUUGGUUUCUGUCUCUGACAAAGAAGGUGUUCACCAUGUACACAGAAGAUAGUUCCUGCAGCACUUGUUUGUUUUCUCAGUUUUUGUAGUCUAGAGGCCAUUAAGUAAUUUUCUUUCAUGUUUCUUUUUAGUCAAGCAGGCCCAGCCCCUUUUAUUGAACCUCCUCUUCCUGGUUCAACUCAGGCAUGCGACAGAAAGAGAGCUGGACAGCACGGAUUUCAGAUUGCUUCAUCUGGGUGAGCUUCUGAAUUUGUUCAGUCUGGAUCUUUGGUUUAGAGAUGAGAAUAUUUUAUCUGGAGCAUCUUAGUUGACGGGCCUAAUAGCUACAGUGUGUUGUUGUGGCUAGAGUGCCAGAUUAGGGUAAAAGAAAUUCAGGUUCAAGUUCCCAUUCAGGGACUGAACUCACUGGGUGGCAUUGGCUGAGACAUUUAUCUAUUUGCCUAAUCUCAGAGAGCUUUCUGUAAGGAUAAAAUGGGGAUGAAUAACUCCACUCUGAGCUCCCUGGAAGAUUUAUAGAUUUAUUUAUUACUGCAUUUAUUUCCCACUUUUUUCUCCAAGGAGCUCAAAGUGGCAUGCAUGGUUCUCCCUGCUGGUUUCACAGAUCCUAGUCCCACAUUCUAACCACUAGGCCACUCUGGCUAUGUGUCUGCUUUCCCCAGGUUUUCUACAUUCCCUGUAGUAUGUUUCUGAUGGUAGCAAUAGUAUCCUGCUUUAACCUCCAAAAUGUAUGCUGGUGAGGAGUUGUUAACAUAUAUCCUAAUUAUGAUGCACAGCUGUGGCAAUAUUUAUUUCAGGAUUUCUUGUGCUCUGCUUUGAAGCCAGAUGGAUUUUGUCAGUGUCUGUGAAUUGCAUUGCACACUGAUUUGAUUGGCGGUCUGAGCAGGUGUAGCUGUUUUCAUAUUGAGCCUUUCCCCCCAAAUAUUUAGCAUAUUGGAAUCUGAAAAAAGAUGAAAAUUAUAUUGAGUAUUUCUAUCACACAGUCAGCAAUUUGUGUGGAAAAUGCAGCCCAACAGACCAUGAAAUUCUGCAUCCAUCCCUCAACUACCUGUAUUGGAGCCUUCAGCAGACAACCCCAGCCAGCCAGAAAACAGGUAAAAAGUGAUAAAUGGAUUCUAACUGCCCACUCCCCCUUCAAUCUUAUUAUUAAUUAGAUUUGUGUACUGCCCUAUACCCGCAGGUCUCAGGGCAGUUUGCUACAAGGGGCCUGCCCCUACUGGAGCACUGUUGCUGUGUGAAUCCACAUUUCCCCCAUUUGAAUUCAGCCACUAUAGUAUAUGCAUGUGCAAAAUGCGUUUGUCCCCCUUGUCUGAAAUCACAGUUUCUCUGGUCCAUACUAGUAGGUGUUGGAGCUGUUAUGUACUGAAGUUCUCACCCUGGGCCAGCAGGGGGAUACUGUAGAUAGUUUUCACUCAGGUCCACAUAUGCAAAUAAGGGAUUGAAAGUGAUGUUCAGUGAUUGGAUAGUUACAGAAAGUUGUUACAGUUGCGUUGUAGUGGAGCUCUAAUAAGCAGGCUGGCUGAACCCUUCAGUUCAGUUCCGUUCUGGCCUGUGAAUAAACAAGAGCUGUUUGAAGAAUUGUUGUGUCGUCUGAUAUGUUCACCCACAACUUAACAGGAGCCAUGUGCAGAGAAGAAAGGAGGAGGCGCCAGGGCUCCAUCUUGUUAAAGACUGAGGGAAACAGGAGUGGGAAGUUCCUGGAGUCCUCCUCCCAUUCCCUGCCAGUGACAGGGGUGGAAGGAGAGAGAAGAAAGGGAAGGGCAUCGCACAUUCAGGAAUUCCCCCCCUCAAAGCCCCCACACAAUGAGGAGCAUCUUCCAUAUGGCCAAAUACAUGGCAGGGGCAGUGGGAGGCCUGCAGCCUCUCAUGAGAUUAUUUAGCCAAGUCGCUGCAGUUUAGCAGGAAAGUAUGGAAGCCACCGAAGGUCCAGUCACACACCGAACUUCCCACCCAGCAUAAAUCCCUCCCCCAAAAUGAAGAAGUAGAAAGAAUAUGCUGUAGGCAGCUGGUUGUGAUGGGAAGGCAGGAGGAGAAAAUCCUUCUUAGAGGCUGUGUCUGGAGCCUUUCUCCCUCUUUCAACAUCUGACUAUGAGGACUGCUAAAGACAUGGCAUGACAGGAGAAAAGGCUAUUUAAAAAGGCCUCUCUCCUACUUGUUCAUUCUGCACAUAUAUCUCAUUAAGUUAGUUUCAAUUUAAAAUAGGUAUAGAGCACAAACUUAAUUGUGAUUUUCCACUACAUGAUGCAAAUCUACAGGAGCCCUUGUAGGGGGCACGGGGAGGACAUUGAACAUCAAUUUUCUGACAUGCUGGGGCAUUUGUUCCUUCACUGGCUUUAAAAAUUCUGAAUAUUUUGUCUGCCUAUCUUGUGCAAAAGAAGGGAGGACAGUCACAUUUAUCUAUCAUCUAUCUAUCUAUCUAUCUAUCUAUCUAUCAAUCUAUCAUAAAGAGCCUACUUGUACUUAACAAGCAUUGUUCAGUAUUACAUUGCUUAGUAACAGUAUCAUGCAUGUAGUUAAAAUAUAUUAUUUGAUAGUCCAAGAAUCUUGGAGUCGUGGUGGACUUGGGGCAGAAAAGGAUGGUGCCCCUUAAUUUCAGUAGCUGCUCAUGACUGGUCCUUCCUGGUGCUCUUGGCAGCUGCUGCCUUUCUGCUAUGCCAGUUGCACAUGGCUUGUUAGACCCUUUCUUCCUUUACAGUGGUGGCUAUGUUAUUUUCCAACACACCUUUGCUAGAGCUACUUGAGAAAAUUAUCCACCUCACUUGGUUGCCUGCCUGUUCUUCUGAACCUGCUUUGCCCUCAUCCAGUGAAGCACUUCUCUGCUCUGCUUGGCUGCUGAUUUCUUCUCUCUUGACUCAACAACACAUUUACAAUACAGAGGUUAGAAAUACUGUAAAACUUUUGCAUUAGAAAGUACAGAUAAAAAUUACUGCUUUUAUUCAUAGGCACAAUGCACAAAGUUUAAGCAUUAUUAACUUUUUUUAUUAUUGUUUCCCUAUAUCUAUUGCAUUAAUUAACUGUAAUCCCAGUCAGAAAGUUCAUAUUGGUUUAUUAAGCUGAGAUAAUAGUUAGCCUUUUGUCUGCAUAGGCAGCCCUUUGCUCCCCUCUUUGCAAUUUGAUCAAUCAAACCAGGAGGUCUCUAAUUAGCCAUUGUUUUCUUUUCCAUCGAAAAUGAUGGUUGUGAGCUUUGGAACUACUCAGGUCUUAAACUAACUUCAAAUUAAGGUUUAGGAUUAAUAGUUUCCCAGUUCAAAUGAAACAGGAAACCAUGGUUAAUUGGAGACUCAAGAAUGUAAGAUGAGUAUUGCUGGAUGAGACCAGAGAUCUAUCUGGUCCAACUUUCUGUUCCCACAGUGGCAAACCAAAUACCCACAGACAUGAUAUGUAUGUAACAGCACUCAUGCUGGUUUUAUUGUUUACGCUGUGAAGGGACUGGUGUAUGGCAAAGAUCUGGUUCCUAUCUUGGCUUAAUAAUGAACACAGACAUAGUUUAUCAUACCCCAGCCUAGGAAUAAUUUAGCCCAAUGGCAAAAUCAGCAUUUCAAGUCCCAAACCAUGUUAUUCCAUAACAUAGAUAGGUAUUAUAUGUAAACGAGGCAUUACAUGAAUGGCUUAGAAACAGGUGAUAUAAGGUCACUGUAUUGAUAUCAUAUUCAGAAAUUGAACUUUAGUUUAUCCUGUGUGUGCAUUAGGAUAAUUCCUGAUGGUCUCCUGUUGUUUGAUGUUGUUCCCUCAGUUUUGGCAAGCACAAAAUGUUCAGAAUGGAUAGAUGGAUGCGUCUAAAGCUCAUGAAUGUGAGCUAAUGUUGUGCUGUUCCCUAAUCCUCUGAAGGGGAAACAGCAGUUUAGUAAAUGAUUAGCCUCAUUCAUUUUACCAGAGUGUUAAUAAUGAGGAUGAAUCAAAAGCAGAUUUGCAUAGCUGACUGCCUGUGUUCCCUCAUUCUGUCUAUAAUCCCUUAGAAGUCAUGGAAGCUCUAUUUAAUUCCAUAAGUGAAUAAUACUGGGAAUACAUUUAAUGAGCUGCAGAUCCAGUGUCUUUUGAGGGGUUGGUAAUAGACGGCUGGACAAAGAAAAUUAGCAGCCCGGCUGCUUCCUUCACUCCAAUCGCUCCCGUCACCAAACAUUUUCUGAUUCAUUUCUGAAAGGUUGAUCAUAUCAUCUGCCUUGAUGUGGACCAGGUCUUCAGCGCACUUGCCUUCAAGAGGAAGAAACCCACCCUGUUCUUUGGUAGGCUGCAUAUUUGCCAGCAUCAGCUAAGAGAGCACUAAAGGCUGCUUCACAUGUUAUAAAAACGGAAGUCACUUUUGCUAAGAAAUGGCAUAAAUCUGGCCUAAUGUAUAAAUCCCUGGGAAGCUGCAGUCCUUUGUGGUUUCCCAGUUCAUUUAUGUAUGCAGGAUCAGGGCAUCUUAUCUAUAUGCAGGGCUUGCUCAAUUCCUACAUGAAACUAUAUUAUUAUUAUUAAAUUUAUUGUUUUAAUAUAAUGGUGAACGUUCAUAAGUAAAUAUGGAACAUUCCCCCCUCCCCCUCUCGAACAUGAAACUGUAUAUUAUUAAGCAAAAAAAUGGGGGGAGGCUUGAAUUUCCCUCCCCUUUGACCUGUUCUUCUGUUUUAACAGCUCAUACUGUUCUCAGUGGUGUCUGCCUGAGCACUGAUCAAAUCUACACACACUUCAACAGUGCUGCAUCAUCAAAUGCUCCCAGGCCAUUCACUGGGCCCCAAGUGGCUUGAAGAUCAUAGCAGCAUUUGAAUACAUUAUAGAUUACUAUAUAAAAGAUGGGGGGGGGGGACUAGCAAACUUUCAAACAUUAGUUUUUAUUUUCUGAGAAGGCUAAUCAUUAAAAUGGGUUUUAUGUCUUUUUCAGAUGCAUUUUUUUACCUUAUAAUCAAGUCAUAUUGAAAAAAAGUACUUGAAAUUAACACUGCAUAUAAAUAAGUCAGCUAAUCCAUUUUCUUUCCCAAAACAAAUCGAAAAGAUUAAUCCAGGCAUUAACAUACAGAGGCCUGAUAGGCCAGAGAACAGUAGAUUCAAACAGAAGUAUAAAAUAUGUUUAGGACAGGAAAGAGAGUGUGUGUCUUUGAGAUUUGGGGGGAAUUUUUUCUUUUUCUUUUUACAUGUUCCUUGGGAAGGCUGUGCUGCUGUAGACUUAGUGUACCAGCCUCUGCUAAACAUGCACUGCACAUGUAGGAUGGGACAAUGCAAGUUGCUUAGAGAUACCUGUAAGAAAGGUAACUAGCAAAUACAAUUGUCGUCAUCAUGCUAGAAUAGUAAAUCAUUGUUGCUAAAGCACGAAUGUAAAGUACUAAUAGAUGGUUUUAUACCCAGUCAGCAUCCUUCAGUUUCUGAGAGCCUUCUUUAGGCAGAACCUCUGCUCAUCCUUUGUGAAGUUUGCUGUCCGGUCUACAGAUGAACAUGGGAAUGAACUUCCACAGUCAGAAGGGGAUGCCUCUCUGUGUCCAGUAGCCAUGCGGCAUGUAGUGUCCUUGGUUAUCCGUCUACAGAACCUCCUGCUCCAGGUAGAAGUCUAGUGGUAAUAACUGAAACCAUUUUGCCAUCAGCAACACUGUCAAUCUAUUUCAAACACAGGAGAAGGCAUACAGUCCACUGCCGUCUCACAAACUUUCCUUGUUUCUAGAACUGAACUGUUUCACUACUGAGAGGCUUUUUGGAUCAUUAUUUAAUUUCCAGUGCAGAAUGAAUAUACAUCCCAGGACUUUGUCCAUGACAAGUCUUUUUUUAAGUACUGUACUGUAGCUUCCUACAGCUUAAGUCCCUCACUAGCAGCAGCUCACUUCUGCUACCUUACUAAAGAGGCUGCAAUCUUAAGAGUUAUCUGAGCAACAUUUUGCAUUCUUUCGCAAGUGGAAUGGGGGUGGGGAGCCACUUCUACAUCAGUUCUAACCUAAUAAGUAGUUUUGUUGUGGGAUUUGGUGGCAAUGAUUCAUGCCCUCACCCUUUCCCUUAUAUUUGCAGAAGGACCUUUUGCUGUCUCAAACUGUUAUUGGCUGUCUUGAAGUCUUGUUGGAAUACCUGUAUUCGAGGAACCCGAUCACUGGUACUCCUUUCAGCAUCCUUAUAAGUGUUCACUUGAUUCCUUUGCUUUGCUGUGAUUGUCUGCAUCGGUGGGCACAGUAUCUUCACCAGUUGCAGGAGAGAUUUUUAGUAGCAGGGGAGGGAAGAAGCUGCCCUCUCAUUUUCCGGAGUGUUUCUUGCUUUGCAUCAGGGUGGUAGGUGGUUGAGAAUGCGCUCUACGUAAUGGAAAAGCAAAAUGUAAGUUUCCAGUUCUAAGAAUCUCAUUCAGUUCCCAAGAAAACAUUGCAAACUCUCUUGCCUAUACGGCAAUCUUGGUCAGAGCCAACAGGAUACAUUCUGGUCAUCCUUUACCAAGCAAAAAGGUGCAUUACUAGGACAGAGAGUGUUUGGUAAAUUAUUCUAUGGAUUAAUGGUAACCAGCAGCAUAAGGGUGUCGCUGACAAUUGCCUUAGAAAAGCACCUGGGCACAAUCUGCACCAAAGCCCCUAUCCCAAGAUAUUCCUGUACUUUUUGCAAAUGCUGUUGUUGCUCAGUGAUCACGGUGUAGUUCCUUAUCACUCAAUUCCGUGACAUACAUCACUGUAAUUAGUUUUAAUUGCACAAGGAAGUGGGUGGUAUUUGAAAGAUGUUUUCGUUUCACUCAGGUAAAGUGCACGUGCACCUGUACAGACAGUCAUUUAUGCUUAAAAUGUGAUGUGCUUUCCCCCUUUUCCUCCUUGAAGGCAAACACAUGCACCUCUCUGCAUGCCUAUUAAAUAACUACAGGUAGAGAGAUGUGUCAUGUGACCCACCAGAAGCAAGCAAAAAGUGGCAAUCCUGCAAAAUAAUGCUGAUAUGGAUUGUACCCUGGUGUAGGGAAGAGUUUUAUGGAAGGUUUCAUUUAGAUGGAUUUGAAAUGGUGUGUCACUGACCACUGUGAAAAAGCUUUUUCAGUAUUAAGGUGGGGUCUGUUGGUUUCUAUUUCCCUCACUGAGCAGCAACUGCAGUCACAAGACAUUGUUUUACAUUCCACAGUCUGUACUGUUGGAGUUUCUCACGGGAAAGGGAGACUGGAUGUGACGUACACUGGUUUCCUGUUUUUUCACUGUGUGAUUCUCUCCGAGCUGAGAGAGGAGAGAGGAUGCAUUUUUCUGCUCCUGCAGAGGCAAGAUGUCUUUCUGUAAUAUACCAGCUUUGAACUGUAAAUAAAGCAAUAUAGAGUAUGUAACACAUUUUCCUCAUCCUUCCGCUGGGCAACCAGACUCUGCUUUAAAUCAACACGUGGUUAUGGGCUCCAGAGGUCGAAUCGGAGUGCCGGCAGAGGAUCGGAAUGCAGAGGGACGGAUCGGAAAGGAAUCUGCUCUGCGCGUAGAAGUGAUUGAUGAGGUAUGUGCUACUGCUCCGGGCAGCCUGCCAGCUUCAAGAUAAUGGCUUUAUGGCUGGACUUUGAACUUUUAAGCCGGUUUUGCCGGGAAUAGGCAAAAGGCUCCCAGGCACAAGUCACUAUGCUGGGGAAAUCGAAAGUAACUUUUAAGUGUGCCUUUGUAAUGAGGCAGCUGCAGCAGUGACGCAGCAAGAUUUAAAGCAGCAUAAAUAUGACGCUGAAGGCUAAUGCCAGAGUCAUGAUGGCCCUUCAGGAUGCUUGUGGGAUUCCUAAGCUCAACAAGAAAAACUAUGCCAACUGGGUUCAGUAUGCAGAGGCAAUUCUGCGGAAAGAGGGUUUGUUUGAGGUGAUUACAGGAACCCCCCCAGUUCCAGUUACAGAUGCAUGGGAAGCUAAGGAUUCCAAAGCAAGGGGAACUCUUACAUUGAUAGUAUCCCCAGAAGAGCUCUGUCUAUUGCGUGAUAAGACCUCAGCCAGAGAAAUUUGGGACGCUCUGAGAGAGGCUCACUUAAGGACAGAAGCUGGAUCCACUAUGUUUUAUUUUAACAAGCUGCAUAAUAUGGCUCUUGCUGAAGGUGGAGAUGUACGUUUACAUCUAAUGGAGAUGCAAAAUCUCAGACAUGAGCUGCAACAGAGAGGACUCAACUUUCCAGAGGCUGUGUAUUCUUUCAUGAUACUACAAUCUUUGGGUUCAGGUUGGGAGUCUGUUGCAACCCAGAUUGCUGUGCAACCAACUGCUCAGCUGACAGUGGACUUUGUUACUGCCAUGAUUUUGAAUGAAGCAGAUCGCCGGGGUGCUAGCUGCAUGGGCAAGGGGGAGUCUUCACAGACGUCAUCCCAUAGUGCAGUGGAACCACCAGAUGGCGCCAAAGCUUUGAAGGCAGUGAAAUGCUACACGUGUGGACGUCUAGGCCAUAUGAAGAGGGAAUGCAGACAUCCCAGGGCCAAGACAGAGCAGCGCAGCGAAAGCUCAUCGCGCGGAAAAGGCCGAGGCAAAGGCAAAGGUCCGGUGUCUAGGACAACGCAGCACAAGGCUAUGGUUUCACGCUUCACUCCAAAGGUUGCAGAGGUCCAGAAGACGUCUAGAUCUUUCUUCGUUGUUGAUUCAGCGGCCACCCACCACAUGUGCAACGAUAAGAAACUGUUUGUGUCUUUUACACCGCAGGAAGGUGCGAUUCACCAGGCGGAUGACCACACUAUUCCCAGUAAAGGCUACGGAACUGUUAUUCUUCACAGUUUGGACUUAUCGAUACAGAAUGUGCUUUACGUGCCAGACGCCAAACAUAAUCUGCUCAGCGUUGGACAGCUGAAUGAGCGGAACAUUGACGUUUCCUUCAAGAACAAGAAGUGCAUCAUCACAAAGAAAAAUGAUUAUGUAUUGCAUGCAGAAUAUGUUGAUCAUUUGUUUGUUUUGUAUUAUGAUGAUGUGGUGCAGGAUGACACUUGUUGCAUUGCAGGUUCUAACAAAAGUUUACAUGCAGAAUGUAUUCACGAUUUUCAUCGCAAAUUUGGUCAUUUGCAUAUUGAGGCAGUAUCUAAAAUGCCUGCCUUGGUUGAAGGUAUGACUAUUAAACCCUGCAGGUACCACAUGAAGUGCAAAGCAUGCGCAGCAAACAAGGUGAAAAUGGCUGCGAAAGGUAAGGUGUCUAGUAGGAAAGCUACAGAACCAUACCAGGUUGUUCAUGCUGAUUUGGUUGGUCCACUUGCGCCCUCUUUGGGUGGAAAUAGGUACUUCAUGGUUCUCAUUGAUGCAUUUUCUAGAUAUAUUUUUGUGUACAAUCUCAAGCAGAAAUCAGAGGCUUUUCCUAGGUUCAAGGAAUUCUGUGCUUGGUUGGAAAAUGUGCAUGGUAAGAAGAUAAAGACUCUUUUCAGUGAUCGCGGGGGGGAAUUCACUUCUCAGCAGUUUGAAGCUUUUCUGACUGAGAAAGGAAUUCAACACGAUUUGUCUAGUCCUCGCUCGCCAUGGCAGAAUGGACUUGCGGAACGGGCAAAUCAGACAUUGCUUCAAGGCUUAAAAACCUUGCUGCAUGAUGCCAAUCUUCCAGAGAGUUAUUGGGCCGAAUCUCUCUCGUGUUUUGUUUACAGUUACAAUCGCAGGUUAUCUUCAGCGAUUGGUUGUACUUCUAUGAGAAGAUGUUUGGCAAGAAGCCAUACAUCAAACACAUGAAGAUUUUUGGUUCUGACAUGUGGGUUCGCUCACCACAAAACUCCAAGUUAGACAAGCGUGGAUUGCAUGGUAUCUUUCUAGGUUAUCAGAAAGGGUCUUACAGAAUAAUGAUGACUGACUCUAAGACAAUUAAGCUCACGAGAAGUGUCGAGUACAAUGCAAAGUGGGGGAGAAUGUGGGAAUUUUCCAAUGUUAUCCUGAUGACGGUGAUGAGACUGAGGAUAGUCAAAAGCAACCACAACAGCCCACACCCACUGAUGAAGGUUCUGAGUCUGAAUCUGAAACUGAAUCGGGUGAUUCAGAGGAUUUCAAGAGUGCGAAAGCCUCUAUGCGACCCUCUGAAAGCUCUGAUCAAGAAUUGGAGGAACCAUUGUUCACAAUAGGUCGUUUUUCUCCUAAGAAGGAAGAGGAGAGUGUUGAAGACUUAAGGCUAAUUCGUAGGUCACAGAGAGCCACAAAAGGCAAACAUCCAAAGAGAUUUGCUGAUGAGUUUGCUAAAAUAGCAGUAACAGCUGUUAAAAGCUCCAAGAAGGUAUUUGAACCUUCAAGUUUCCAAGAAAUCCAGGGUUUGGAUUCAAAGGAAGCUGAGCCAUGGUUAAAUGCCAUGAAGGCUGAGCUUGAUUCCUUAGAAAGGAACAAAACAUGGGAGCUAGUUCCAGUAGUUCCAGGAAUGAAACUGCUUGGAAGUAAAUGGGUCUUCAAAGCGAAGACAGAUCAAAAUGGCAAGAUAGUCAGACACAAAGCCAGAUUGGUAGCCAGAGGUUUUGCACAGGUACCAGGUGAAGACUAUCACGAGACCUAUUCACCCACAGUGAGAUAUGAAAGCAUUAGGCUUAUGCUCAAGCUAGCUGCAGAGGAAAAUCUACACAUUAGUCACCAUGAUAUUAAUACAGCUUUUCUGUACGGAUCUCUAGAUGAAUCACUUUAUAUGCUUCCACCUGAUGGCGUACAGGUAAAACAGGGAUUUGUUUGUGCUCUGAAGAAAUCCCUUUAUGGUCUCAAACAAAGUGCACGGUGUUGGCACACAAAACUCACUGAAGUAUUGUUUUCUCUAGGUUUUCAGCAAGGGAAAGCUGAUCCAUGUGUAUUUGUCAAAGAGGAGGGGCAAAAGAAACUGUACUGUUUGUUUUAUGUUGAUGAUUUAUUAUUCUUUUGGAAAGAUGUUGCAAUGUACAAUAGCGCCCUAGCUCAACUGAAAGAGCACUUUGACAUGAAAGAUCUUGGUGAGGUAAACAACUACCUAUCUCUGGAAAUAGAGAGAGAUCAAGAUGGUAACAUUCUAGUACACCAGUCACGGAAAAUUGCUGAUGUGUUAAGCAAACUAAAUCUGAUGGAUGCUAACCCUGUAGACACACCGAUGACAACAGGUUAUCAGGUAGAUGACACUGAAGAAGCAUUUUCUGACACUACACUGUACAGGAGUGUGCUAGGCAAACUAAACUUCAUUGCCAGAUGUUCAAGACCAGACAUUGCUGUUAGCUGUAAUUUGCUAAGCAGACAAGUCAACAAUCCUAGUGUCUAGGAUUGGAUAGCUCUGAAACGCAUAGCGCGGUAUUUGAAAGGCACUAUGCAUUACAGACUGAGAUUUAACAAUCAGAAGUCUGGUGGUCUUGAGAUAUUUGCAGAUACAAGUUUUGGAAGUGACGCUACAGACAGGAAAAGUACGUCUGGAGUUUGCUACAUGUACAAUCAGAGUCUGUUUGAUUGGUCAUGCAAGAAGCAAACAACAGUUAGCUUAAGUACUUGUGAAGCCGAACUGAAUGCACUGUCUUAUUCACUUAAGGAUUGUGAAUGGUUAGUACAAUUGUGCAAAGAUAUGAAAAUUCCUGUCAAAUGUCCAAUCCAGGUUUACCAGGACAACAAAGCAUGUUUGGCUUUGCUGAAGUCUGAAGGUUGUAAGCAAAGCACAAAGCACUUGCAAUUAAAGUUGCAGCAUGCUAGGGAAUGUAUUCAGAAGGGACUCGUAACGGUGUCCUAUAUGCCAGGUAAUGAAAUUCCUGCUGAUGUAUUGUCCAAGAUUGUAUCAAGGGAUCAACACUGUACCUAUGUGCAGAAGUUGGGUUUGUACUGAUAUUGUGCGAACACGCUGCCCAGUGAUGUUCACAGAAAGGGGAGGAUGUUGGUUUCUAUUUCCCUCACUGAGCAGCAACUGCAGUCACAAGACAUUGUUUUACAUUCCACAGUCUGUACUGUUGGAGUUUCUCACGGGAAAGGGAGACUGGAUGUGACGUACACUGGUUUCCUGUUUUUUCACUGUGUGAUUCUCUCCGAGCUGAGAGAGGAGAGAGGAUGCAUUUUUCUGCUCCUGCAGAGGCAAGAUGUCUUUCUGUAAUAUACCAGCUUUGAACUGUAAAUAAAGCAAUAUAGAGUAUGUAGCACGUAUUCUUCAUCCUUCCGCUGGCCACGACAGACUCUGCUUUAAAUCAACAUGUGGCGUUUAUAAUGGUAUAUUCAGCAGUGAGGUAGAAGUAGCCUUAUUGAACAACUUUCAUACUAUAUUUCACAUAAAGUAGAUAAUAUUCCAGUGGUCUAAGCUCAAUUAUGAUAACAUAGUCACUUUCCUAGACCUUGCCUUCCCUGAAAUUAUUAUUUCUUUUCUCUGCUUCACUACUCCAGUACAUUUUUGUUGUGAAUGAAUGAAUUAGGUAAGAGUUUAAAUUAUUACCAGCAAUAUUUUUUGCAGGGGGAGGGGCAGGGAGGUGCAAUAGUAAAUUUUAUCUCCGGAAAUUCUUUUUGAUGACUUCAAGGAAGUUUCAUUCCAUAUGAGUAAGUCUCUUUAGCUAGAAUGUUUUCCACUCGGUUGGUUUUUAAAAAGCUAACUGCGAUUGCUUUCUAUGUUUCUAGCAUCCCAUAUUGUCUCACAACCAUGGAAUAAAUUCCUGCUGAUCUCACUCCUAGAUAGUGUCGAUAAUUCAUUUCUUCACCCUGAAAUUCUAAGACUAGUUGCUUUGGUGAGUAUGGGGGCUAUAAACUGCUAUCCUGAAAGUUUCUAGUAUAUUGUUAAAGAACACAGUGUAUCUGCAGCUAUUUAUGCUGUGUACAUUAAAAAUGGGUAACAUACAGGCAAAUUCUGUAGCCCUGUAGUGUUUGUUAGGGCCAAAACAGGUAUAAAUAAUUGAAUUUCCUGAUUUUAAAAUAAAACAAAAACAAUCAAAUAUAGUUGUUGUUAGCUCUUAUUUUGAUCAGAGCUGUGGCACUGGAGAGAAGUUACUUGUCCCUUUAUCCUGCACUAUUUCCUUGAUCAAAAUCUUCCCCCGCCAGCUCUGUAUAGUGUGUCUUCCACUCCAGAAAGGCAACAGCAGCUUCACUGUGCGAGUGGCGUUUUCCAUCAGGGAAAUGUUGGAGUAGGCAGGAUUAAGUGCUGCUUCCCCAAUGCUCUUGCUCGAGUCAAAAUUGAAGACCCACUUAAAUAAAAAACUUUUUUUAAAAAAAGUUGGGGAUUUUGUGAACAGUAGGGAAAGAUACCCCACCACCACCACCCAGGGACCAGGGUUAAGGAACCUGUGACCCUACAGAUGUUUCUGGACCCCAUCAUCCCUGACCACUGUCCAUGCUAGCUGAGGCUUAUGGGAGUUCAACAAGACCUGAAGGGUCACAGCCAGUUCUUCAUCCCUGACAUCUCAAGGUCAGCAAGUUCUGCCUAAAAAAUGGGGAAGUUGUUUUAUGAUACCUCUGGAGCAUAGGAGCCAAUUCCUAGGAGCCACGGGGGCUUCGGCUCCCACAAUAAAAUCACAAAGUUGAUGAGCAUUCCCAUUCAAAUGCUGUGUGUGUGCGCACUGCAUCAUGUGAUCAGUUAUGCAGGUGGGGUUUACCUGGGCCCCCACAAUAUUUUAUUCACGUUGGCACCCCUGCUGUGGAGCCGGUGUUUGUAUCGUACUUGAGGAAAGCUGAACUAUGGAACUCCAUGCCACAAGAAAAUAAAUUAACUUUAAUUACUAUGUUUUAAAGUUUAUAAGGUAUCAGAACACUAGAAUUAUUUCUCCAAUUGAAAUUGGCCGCAUACUUGAAGAAGCAGCUAGUACUAAAUUGCCAGAACUUUCUGAUGUCACAAUCAGUGCACUUCGCUCCUUUCUUGUUCAGGUGAGCCCUUUGGAAAUGAUCUCGUAACAGUAAGCAGUAACUUGAGAGUGAUAUCAUAAGAAUGGUUGUUAUGGGUUGUUGUUGUUGUUGUUGCUGCCAUCAUCAUCUUCAUCAUCAUCAUUAAUGGAAGUUCAUUUCACAUUACAGCACUGAUUUUGCAGCCUCGAGUGGCGGUUUCAGGCCUUGGGCGGAAUCCUUUAGUCUAUCUUCCUAAAUGUGUGUGGAGGGGUGGUGAAGUGGCGACCCACGCCUCCCUUGUGGCGCUGAUCCCAGGGUUCCCCGUUAAAGGGGUCUUGAGGGGAGGCAUUGGCCAUACGCCGAGAGGUUGUCAUUGCUCUCCCCUGUGAUGGUGGCAAAAUGGAGGGUGGGCUCUCUGCUUGAACAUAUUUCUCCAGAGACGGCCCAAUUCCCACACAUUCUGGAUAACCCUGAUGUCUCCCAGAUCCCCAGCUGGGGACUGGGAAGGAUAAACACCCAGUGUCUAAGCCAAGGUCUCCCUACAUCUGAAACUUAAUAAAGUUGUGGCCAAUUUUAAUCCCAUGGCACGUUGUCUUGAGUCAUUAUUCCACUCAGGGGUCGCCUGCAAGCAGGUUAAAACAUUAGCAGGAUUUUAACCACACUUGUAAAGUAAUAGAAUGUAUGGAUAAUUUAGAAGGAUCAAAAAUUUGGAUAAGUAUUGCUAUGUAGUUGUAAAUAAUAUAUUUAGGAUCCAUGGAAGGGGUGGGGGGAAGUCAGGAGAUUCAGAGCAAUCUCGAUAUUUGGAUUCGUAACUUUUUUUGUUGUAUGUUUAUACUUUUAAAAAUCAAAUUAAAAUAUUAAUUUUUUAAAAAAGAUAACAGCAGUCUUUUAACUGGGAUUGUAAACUGCCUUAGGAUAUUUAUUAUGAAGGUAAUAAUAAAUACCUUAAAUAAGAUGCAAUGAUUCCUCAAUGAGAGUAACCUCCAUGGUGAUUCUGAAAUGGUUCUAACAGCUUUAGCAAACAAAAGCCACUUGCUUCAGGCAGCAGAUUGCAGAGGGUUUGGUAACUUAAGUCCAUUAAUUUCAUUGGUUUCCUCUGAGUAUGACUAAUGUUAGAUUCCAUCUACAGUUACUUAUUCCUUAAUUUACAGAAGCACUCUUUCCACGUACCCUUUGUUGCUCUGGUUCAGCACUACAGCACUAAGCCAGCAUGGAAAGCUGACAUAUGGCUACACCUUUGGCUUUUAUUGCUACUGUAGGAAAUGAAGGAAAGGGAGAUAGGAAGAAACAAACCUGUUAAUUAUUUCUGUAAUUCCUUUCACUUUGAUGUAAGCUUCAAAGGGGAAAAUGUCAGGUGGAUUCAACUCAAGCAGCAUCUGUUCAGACCUUGCUGGAGAGCCUCCCAUCAACAAGCAGCAGUCAGCCGACCUUUCCAGGCAUGAUGUAUCCUUUUGGCAGGAUGCGUGCGAAGUUACUGGGGUAAGGUACAGGCCGCCAUCUGCGUAGGUCUGAGGUUGAGACUAGACCGGCUAUUUUGUGACAUCCACUGGGAAGAGUAUGAAGAUACUUUCAAAAAGGUAAAAAGAAAACCCUGUCAAAGUGCUUUUUGCCUUUUCACCACUUGCACUCAGACAAUGUAAAGCAUUAGAUAUAAAGGGCCCUACUUUACAAUAAUUGCUUAAGUCCUAAAUAAAGUAAAAAGUCCGGUUUUGAAAAAGGCAUCCAAAGGCUUGCUGUUUGCCUUCCUCAUUGUUCUAUUAAUAUUUUUCAUUGUUCGGAUUAGAUUGCAAACAAAGCAGUGCUCCGACUAGUAAUGUUUGCAAUGAAGAACAGGGAGUCGGUUUUGUGGCAUUGUGCGGAAUGUCCCUGGGUGGCUCCAGAUUGUUACUUUUUUGCAUGAGCAAUUGAAGUGCAUACUGGAACUUUGGGUUUGUGCAGUUUAAAUGGAUUAAUGGGUUCUGUUGCCUUGGCACAGGCAUGGCCAAACGUAGCCCUCCAGAUGUUUUGGGAGUACAAUUCCCAUCAUCCCUGACCACUGGGCCUGUUAGCUAGGCAUGAUGGGAGUUAUAGUCCCAAAACAUCUGGAGGGCCUUAGCACAACCAAGGCGCUUGGAAAAGAAGACACAGGGAGGAAUUUAAUAUCAUGCUAUGUUGAUUGCUCAGUCAGGGCAGGCUUGUCAGCUUGCCAGAUGCAACCACCCCCUCUCUCUUCACCUCGCACAGCUGUUCCAGGGGUUCUCCUGACACACACACUCCAAGCCAAGUUUAUUUGGGGAGAGAAGACCUGUUGUGCAAGUGGAAGUUCUUCCUUGUGCCAGCUUCUACUUGCAGGACUUACUAGUUGACUCCAGCCCACACGGUUUUUUUGUGCUUUGGAAAGUUAUGGGGGAAAGUAUAAAAUAGAAUGCGGAUGGAUAUGGAGUGUAAACACUCCAUAAGUGUUUUCUGGACAUCAAAGUACUGUGUAUAGGAUAGAUUUAGAUACUGACAGUCAAAACUUCUGAGCAGUUUAUAUUUUCUGCUCUCUUGCCAACAUGUGUUCAUAUGGCAAAUAUUUCAGAGUUUUCGGGAAAAGAAUAAAUGAAUACAUUUUCUAAGCAGCGUAUUAUCCUUUCAACACUUUAUUCUUUCACUCAAGCCUUUGAAUUCAGAUGUCUUGGAGGAGUGGCAGUUUCUCUCUCACAUAUCAGAGACUGA